UGUUAAUCAGAUUAAAAUAGAUUAGAAAAUGGGAAAUUAUUUGGUCAAAAACAAUAGGAAGGGUUAUAAAUGAAAAACUAAAGAGAUGGAAAAUUUAACCAAAUGGAAGCACAUAGAGUAUUCCAUCCUUGUCAAAACUGUCAGUGAGCAAAUCAGAUCUAGUCCAAUAAAAAGCAAAUACCAAAAAGCUGAUGAGCAUUUACUCGAUUUUGAGCAAAACUUCAUUCUGAAGAAGAUCACUAAGCUGCAGCAUAGGCUAAAAUCAUGAGAAGAGUAUAAUCUCUUCUUAUCCAAGAUAUCCAAAGCACGUCUUGGCCAAGAGGCCUUACUUUCACUUCCUUGCAAAAUACGCAAUCUUUAUAUCAACAGUGGAUCUACUAAUCUUAUUACAAGACUAAGAAAUCAUCUUGGCUUAAUCAACUGUGCUUUGGUGCGUACAACGGACCGUAUUUGAUUAAACUCUCUAUCUCUCAGCAAGGGCCACCUUCAGAGGAUAUUUCUAGCGGCUUCAUCAUGCAACAAGCUCAUAUUCAGCCAAUGAAAGUUGAACUCUCAGGAUCUAAGACUUCGUGAGCAUGGCUACCAAAUCACUACUUUGACAUUUCUCAGCUGUGGAUUACCUAAUUUAAGUAAUUGGAGAGAUUUCCCAGAAAGAUUACGAUCAUUGUUGACAGCUUGCUCUUCUUGACCAUUGUCCAGAUCGCUUGUUAAGCUAACAAUCGAUGAUACGCACCUCUGUCCUAUACAGAAGGAAGUACUAAUAAGGACUUGUAGAUUUCCAAAUACCAAAACCAUAAUGUUCUAAUGAAGUCUGUGAUGUCACCAUAUUAUUUAAAACAGCUAUUUCAAU